AGCUGCUCACACACAUAGUAAUUAGCAGAAAAAUAAACCCUAUUGUCAUCUCCUUUAUGCCUUCGACAAACGUACUCAUAAAUAAAGAGGACCUGUCUUUCUCAAUUCCACUCCAACUAUCAAGACCGAUUGAUUUUGUUGCUAGUUGUGGCACACCGGCGCUGGCCAGCUUCGACAGCCGAGGCUCUGUGUCUCCUACGGCCGGAUAAGCCCUCCACCACCAGCACAUCGAGAUACAAGUUUUUCCCCCGAGUUUGCUCUAGGCCAAAUCUGUGUCUGCUUUAUAUACGCUGGCGUCCCCCAGAUUCAGAGCCGUGCCUUGAGUCAUCCUCAUUUCCUCUUAGCAAACAAACCCGUCCCGUAUCUUCGUUCUUCCCGUCGACUACAUAUUCAGUGCAACCAUGUCGGCUUCCUCCAAAAUCCCCCCAAUUGCGCUGCCGUUUGUCAGUGAGCGUGCAAAGCAGACUCUGGAUCUAGUCCAAGAAUUCGUUGAGAAAGACUGCAUCCCCGCUGAUUCCGUUUUCCAAGCUGAACUGGGUGAGGGAGCCCAGCGAUGGACCGCUACUCCUGCUAUCCUCGAGGAGCUGAAAGCCAAGGCCAGAAAGCUGGGGCUGUGGAAUAUGUUUUUGCCCAAGAACCAUUUCAAGGAGGGCGCGGGCUUCAGUAACUUGGAGUACGGAUUGAUGGCGGAAUAUCUGGGCCGAAGUCGGGUUGCCAGUGAGGCUACCAACAAUGCGGCUCCAGACACUGGAAACAUGGAGGUAUUAGCCAAGUAUGGAAACGAGGCACAGAAAAAGCAAUGGCUCGUGCCUCUGUUAGAGGGCAAGAUCCGCUCUGCUUUCCUCAUGACAGAACCAGAUGUUGCGUCCAGCGAUGCUACAAACAUCAAGCUCGAUAUCCGACGAGAGGGCAAUGAAUACGUCAUCAAUGGCCAGAAAUGGUGGUCCUCUGGAAUCGGUGACCCAAGAUGCAAAAUCCUAAUUGUCAUGGGAAAGACCGACACCAACAACCUGGACCCCUAUAGACAACAAUCCGUCGUCCUCGUUCCUAUGGAUACACCAGGUAUCACCGUCCACCGCAUGUUGACCGUCUACGGCUACGACGAUGCCCCGCACGGCCACGGCCACGUCUCCUUCAACAACGUCCGCGUACCGGUCUCCAGCGUGGUUCUCGGUGAGGGAUGUGGUUUCGAGAUCAUCCAAGGUCGCCUCGGACCCGGCCGCAUCCACCACGCCAUGCGCGCUAUCGGCGCCGCCGAGAGAGCUCUCGAGUACCUCAUCGCCCGCGCCAACGAUGAGUCGCGCAAGCCCUUCGGCGCUGUCCUGUCUUCCCACGGCGUCAUUCUCGAAUGGAUCGCCAAGUCCCGCAUUGAGAUUGACGCUGCACGUCUCACCGUGCUGAAUGCCGCGAUCAUGAUCGAUAAUGGUGAUGCCAAGAGCGCGUUGAGGGAGAUUGCGGAGGCCAAGGUGCUUGUGCCACAGACGGCGCUGGCUGUCAUUGACCGUGCGGUGCAGGCGCAUGGCGGCAUGGGCGUCUGUCAGGAUACGCCACUGGCAUCCAUGUGGGCGGGUAUCCGCACAUUGAGGCUGGCUGAUGGCCCUGAUGAGGUUCACCUGCAGCAGAUGGGUAAGAGAGAGAAUAAGCAGCGGAUGGCCGAAGUGACGAACAAGAUCAAUUGGCAGAAGGCAGAGGCGCUGCGAUUAUUGACUGCUAAAGGACUUAAGAGCCAGUUAUAAAUAUUGAGUGUUUCAAGGGUUUUCCCUUUGUGUUACUAAUUUUUUAAGCUAUGAGUGGUAUUUUUUUGGGCCAGCAAGAGAUAAACGAUAUGAGGAUCGAAAUUACGUGGCUACUAGCUUCCUAUCAAUAUAUGUAUGAUUUUUUGUGUCUUAUCAGUCUCUAUCUCAUUAUCAGCACCCCAUGAAAUGUAGUUAAAUCAGUGUGAGACACUACUUUUGACAGCGUCCUCUAAGCGGAUGAAUGAUAAAUCUAAACUGACAUCCCAUUA